CAUGACCGUGAACUCCAGCAACAGGUUGAAGAUUGACUUUGAAGGCCCAUUGAAGAUUGACAACCUGGGUAGAGCACGGGGGACUCACGACACGACUGACUAAAUACGAUAGGCUACGGUAAACGGUACAAUACGCGUUUUUUAAAUAAUUACCACAUGGCCGCGGGUGUCCGAGCGCGUAAGCGACUAUGAUAUUUAGUGUCUCUCUCUGUCAUUAGCGUGUUGAUUUCUACGACCUCCAGACUCACUGGCUUUUCCACAGGAUCUUUCUGCACCACUGCACCGAUACAAUGCCAGCUCCUCAUGUCGCGGACCAGGCGUUCGUUACCCUAGCAACCACUGAUGCUUACUGCAUGGGUGCCCUGGUGGUUGGGAAGAGUCUACGUCACUAUGGUACCAGCCGGAGGAUAGUGGUCAUGGUGUCCCCCAACGUGUCUCUGGAAGCACGGCGUCCGUUGGAGUUUGUGUUUGACGAGGUGUUACAGGUGAACGUUCUGGACAGUGGCGACCGUGCUCACCUGUCCUGGCUGGGCCGUCCAGAGCUGGGUGUCACCUUCACCAAGCUGCACUGCUGGAUGCUCCUCCGCUACCACAAGUGUGUGUUCCUGGACGCCGACACACUCGUGCUGUCUAACAUAGAUGAGCUGUUUGAGAGGGAGGAGUUGUCUGCGGCUCCAGAUGCCGGUUGGCCCGACUGCUUCAACUCCGGAGUGUUUGUGUUCCGGCCAUCACUCCACACACACACCAGACUGCUGGAGCACGCAGCACAACAUGGCAGCUUUGAUGGUGGCGACCAGGGCCUUUUAAACUCAUUCUUCAGUGACUGGGCAGUGACCGACAUCAAUAAGCACCUCCCCUUCAUCUACAACCUCAGUGCCAGCGCCUUCUACACUUACCUGCCUGCUUUCCAGAGAUAUGGGUAUGAUGCAAAAAUUGUCCACUUCCUGGGCGGGGUCAAGCCUUGGCAUUGCAGCUUCAACCCACAGGCCAAUCAGGACUCAGGCUCUCAGCUGGACCAAUACGUGAAGCUGUGGUGGGAGGAGUAUCUCAGACAGACUCCACCCACUGUGGCAACACCUGAUCCAAGAGAACUUUCAAAGAUGAAACAUAGUGCCGUGACAGCUGCUCAGACGCCCCCUGCUCCUCCUCGUGUCCAGCCACCAGUGUCGGACUCUUUGCCUCCGGAGGUUCAUGUUCCGCUGCCCUCCAGACCCCCGCCAGCACCCACAGAUCUGACCAUCCACGUCCUGCCACCUCCUGCACCCCCGACACCCCAAAACAUGCAUACAGAUCUGGAAGAGAAAGGCUCUGAUUGGACAGGCCACCAAGACCCACCCCCUGGAGAAGGAGGCGGAGACUCAUGGGCAGAAGCGUCAAGCUCCGCCUCUGCGGCAUCUGAUGAGCAGGUUUCUCUCUCUCUCCCUCCAGUCGAGUCUGAGGAGGAGAAGCAGAAACAUCGGCGUCUGUGGGAGGAGGGACACAUGGACUAUCUGGGCAAGGACUCCUUCCAGAACAUCAAGAAGAAGCUCGACCGCUUCCUCAAAUAGACCCCCCUCCACACACACACACACACACACUGAUAUAAGCAAAGUGAAACACACACACACACACAUACACACACAAUCUCCUGUUGAUGAACUACAUGUACUGUAUACUUAUCUACAUGUCACCUGUUACAUUUUAUACUUUGUGUUUGAUUUCAUCAUAAUUCUGCCAUCAUAUAGCAUGUAUAACUCAUGUUUAUGGUCAUCAUAUAUGACUUAUUGGGUACAUAUUGUUGAUGUGUACUGUUAAUGGUAAUUUUGAUACCACAGAUUAAUGAAGACCCAGUCAGGCAAAGGUAAUAAAAUCAGGAACAGAUUUUUAUUUACAAUGAUGCGCAUCAAGAGAGAGAAGAGUCACCUGCAUCUCUAAUUAGAUAAGGGACAAAAAGGCGUGUCAACCAAUAGUCCGACCAUACAAUAGUCCAACCCUACAAUAGUCCAACCAUACAAUAGUCCACUAGUCCGACCCUACAAUAGUCUGACCCUACAAUAGUCCACUAGUCCGACCCUACAAUAGUCCAACCUACAAUAGUCCGACCCUACAAUAGUCCAACCCUACAAUAGUCCAACCCUACAAGAAUACUGUAUGUGGUUUUUCAAAAGGCGUGUAAACCAAUAGUCCAACCCUACAACAAUACUGUAUGUGGCUUUUCAAAAGGCGUGUCAAGUAGUCCAACCCUACAUGAAUAUGUGGCUACUUUGAGACAGAAGUGAAGCUAGAAUAUCUAAUCAUAGCCACUAUAAUGAAAGUUCACCAACUUAUGAUUCUGAUACCAUCCUAGCAACAUCCAGGAUUUUGCAAGGAUGGUAUCCAGGAUGUUGCUAGGGGACGGUAUCCAGAACUUUGCUUCUGGAUAUUCCAGAAUAUUGAUUCUGAUGGGUAUCAUUGAAAUGGUGAAAUUUCACCAAAGAGGGUUGAAACGGAGCAGAAAUCAAGGAUUUCCCCGGAUCCCAUCACAUAAUAUUAUUAGUCUAUCUUGCUGUGUGACCUUACAGGAGACUCACACACUCCUAUCAGCUACAGUAGAACACUGGAUACAGAACCUCAGCAGCUCAAACCGACGUCUAAUUUUGAGACCAAUAAUGCAUAAUACAUACAUACAUGAGAAACACAUGUACAGCAUGAAUGAACAUAAAAAAAGAAUGAUUAUGAUUCAUGAUUCUUUCACUGUACAUGUAUGCUAUUUGAUGGCCUUUAACAGGGAUAAUUAUCUCAUAGGACUCUAUUUGUGUGAUUUGCUGUUACUGGGAAAGACACUUUUUAAAAAUCUUAGUUUAGUGUUGAACUCAGCAAUCUCAGGGAGUUGGGGAUUAUGUUUACCAAUCGUGUGGAACUGAAGUGUUUUCAGCGCCGUGUCAUUCUGGUGAUGUGUCUGUCAGGAUAAUCUGUCAGAGACAUAAAUAAAUGCAGCAUUUAUAAUA